AUGGCUGCUCUCGCCGAACAUAUUGACCGCCUCUCGCACAUCGCACAGUCUAUUCGCGCUGCUUCUUCGCCAGCGCUCGGCCGUACAAUUCCUGGCCCUUUCACCCGCGCAAUCCUAGACACUCCGCUCGGCGACCUCAUUCGCGAUAUCGACCCCUCAGAGAUUGGGUUGUUCACACUCGUUCAGCCUCAACAGCCAGCGGUGCCUGACGUCGAACCGACCAAUGUCGAGAUCGGGCGCGUCGAGUUCUUAGGUGCCACACCGCUGCGGAAGCCGCCCUCGUCUAGGCAUGCGAAGCCGGACGGACCGCGCCCGCGCGAACACGAUCCGGAGGUGUACGCAAACGCUACCCUGAAGUACCUGGAGCGCUAUCAGUCGAUUCGCCCCAUGCCGCGAGCCUCGGAACAGGCGGUGCAGAUGCUCGAACGUUUGGAGGAGGUCAGGGCGAGCAUACACGCCUUGAGCGAGCAACUCAAGCAACAUUCUAGUGCGGACGCCGUGAAUCCCCCGUCGUCGCCCAAGUCUGCCAUCAAGGAGGAGGAGCGGCAGAUUGAGGAACUUCAAUCACAGAUAUUAUAUCUCAGACAACGGAAAGAGGAGCUGGCGAAGAAGAAAGUCCGCGCCCCACUCAAGUCCAAACGCGAGCAGAAGACGCCUGUCCGGGAAAAGCCAACAUCGGCCGCGGACGAGCGCGAAGAGACUUUCUGGAACACACCGGGAGCGACCGCGCGCACGCUGCACUUCACGGGAGACUCGCUCUUGGACGAGGAAAUAGACAUCAACGACGUGUCUGCAUCGUCGUUCGGGUCACCUGCUCUCCCGCCAAAGAAAGCAGAGAAGACGCCCCGGUCAGGGCUCCUUGCGCGAUAUCGGCCAUCGGUCGGCCAGGCCGUCGAGCUGGCUCCGGAGCCUGAUGAUGACUAUGAAGAGGACGAGGUCGAAAGCGUUCUUCAGGACGGUGAAGCGGAUGAGACUGCUGAGCCUACCGUCAGCCGCGGGCGCCGUCUCCACCUCCAGAGCCUAUCCCAGUGGCUUCCGCAGAGAGCCCUGUCGCCACCGGCUCUAGGGCUACCCCGAAACGUCCGAAGGUCAGAGUUACAACUGAGCUCGAACGGAUUGUCGAGAAAAUGUGGGCAACCGUCGGCGAGAUCGUCAUGCCCGGUCACCCAUUCGACGCGUUGGGGAAGAGCAUGA